AUGAAUUUUACCAAUAAACCGCACGUAGAAACCUUGCCAUCAUCUCAUGUUUAUUUAACCAGUGAUUUACUAAAUUCAAUAUAGCCGUGAACUUGAAUCCUCUCUAUUGCAAUUUUCAGUUAUACUACAAGGAAUAACGAAGGAUUCAGUAUUUGUGUGAAGUUCAUUUAUGAAACGUAGUGAUGUGACUUCAAACUUGAAACAACUCAAUGCAUGUCCAUCGAUGUAAUUGAGGCAAAAAAAUUAUAAUGUGCUAAUUGAUGUAGUAACUGGUAAAUCUGAUCAAAAAACAAAUGCAAUAAUUGCUAAAUAAACCUUCAGAAACGACUACCUGGAACUCCAUACAUUUUUUAUUUACGAAAAGAAAUCUCUAAUAGUUGACUAUAUGUUAGUCGGUAGAAUUUCAAAUUUUGUUUUUAUAAUUUAGUUGAGUGAUGAUGGAAUAUGUGUUUGUGUUGAAUUACAUGACAGUGAUUAGUGUAUGCUAUGGUGCAUCGAUCGGAGGAAACAAUGUUUGCACAAAUUUUCAGGCAUAUUCAAAUUUACAGUAUGAUAGAAAACAUUGCCACUACAAUCCGGAUGUUGAUUCAACACCAUUUCAAAUUGCCGAAAGAUAUGGAUACAAACUUGAAGAUCAUCAAGUAGAGACUGAAGAUGGGUAUAUACUCACCAUAUUCAGAGUACGGAAAAUAGGAGAUAAUUUAGAAAAUCGCCAACCAGCCCUGCUUCAACACGGUAUCCUGGUAGAUGGAGUUUCUUGGAUGAUCUCAGGAAAAGAUUCAUUAGCUUUCACUCUAGUGGCUAAUGGAAUCGACCUCUGGGUACCAAACAGCAGAGGAACACAAUUUUCAUCUAAACACGUCAAUUCUUCGAUAUCCGAGAAAGACUAUUGGAAUUUUAGCUUUCACGAGCUAGCAUCGAAAGAUCUGCCAGCCAUAAUCCAAUACGUUUCCAAGUCGACAAAAAGAAAAGAUCUGAUUUACAUAGGACACUCUAUGGGAAGUACGUCCGUUUUGGUUUAUUCCACUCUUCAUGGAGAUCAUGCUAAGGAGCAUAUAAAGGGAAUAAUCUGCUUGGCUCCAGUGGCGUACCUCAGAUCGUUACAAGGCAUAGCGAGAUUAGCAGUUCCGUUUUAUCCCCUGAUCAAAGAAAUUUUGGAAGUGCUUGGACUAUAUGCCUUAGGUCAAUUCACAGCGCUGCAAAAAUUCAUAUUGAGUUUUACUUGCAGCAAAUUCCCUCUCAUUCUGCCUUGUCAGAUAAUUAAUGCCCUAUCAACUGGUUUAGCAGUUGAGCAAGUUAGACCUGAUAUUUUGCCCCUUAUUAUGACGAACUUUCCAUCUGGUACCUCCACUAAGACGCUGUAUCACUAUUCGCAAAUAUUCCUAAGCGGUGGAAAUUUCCAGUGGUACGACUAUGGAUCUGCCAAGAAUGAAAUAUUGUACAAUUCGACGAAACCUCCUGAUUACGAUAUCGAGAAGAUUUCUGUUCCUGUACAUAUUUUUUCGGGAAAAAGAGAUUUCCUAGCCACCCACGAGGAUGUCAAAUAUUUGUACAGCAGAUUGAACUGUUCCAAAGAGUUCCAUGUAUACGAUCUAGCUCAUAACGACUACGCCUAUGGAAAAAGAGUGAAUAAAUUAUAUAGUGACAUUUUAGAUGUAAUGAAAAAUAAAUUUAACACUGGAUACUCAUGAUGUAACAUGCAAACAUGUAUCUAUAGAAGCUGUGAUUUCCUUAUAUGUCCCCAUGUUAAAUUCGAAUCCAGGAAUAUCAGAAAUAUCAAAUUGCCUGAAGAAUGUACAGGGUGAACCAAUUGGGUUAUUUUCCGAAUCGUUCUUAUGACUCACAAGGAAUAUUUCAGUGAUUUCGAUAGUGAAAAUACAAUGUUUUUUCUGGUAUUCCUCGUAGAUACCUAUUCCUAUUUGCGCAAAACGUUAUCAUACAGGAAAUAGUCAAUGACCAUACUGAAUACUAUAGGUAAGGAUUGAUAGUAUCUUAAGCACGUGAAAUAAAUGCCAAUAUUAUGCUCAUCACCUUGUACGAUGUUGGAUUUCAUUUAUCUUUUCACGAUAUUACUAUACAAUUUUUACAUAUUAUUCAAACACUAGGAGCAAAGAUCACACCGAGGGUCAAACAACAUCACGUAAAUUGAUACUAUGUAAAUUCAACUUGUAUACAAGUGUGAGUAUUUCUACCGAUACAAAGAAAAUGUUGGAAACAUCAUCCAUCGAGUACCAUCUGGUUGAGUGAUAUGAACAUUCAUCACACUCAGACAGGGUCUAUUUACAGGGUGGUUAAACGAAAACAGUACACCCCGAUUUAGGGCGUUAAAAUGAAAAUCUGGAAAAUCGCUGGAACCAAUGAAUUUCUGAUUCGAGAGAAAACGACUCGUCUUCUUUCCUCACCCCCGUAACUUCAACCACUACCAAGGAAAAGCACAACUAUCGGAUUUGAAGCCGUUAAAACGUUGUUGAAUAUUCACGGGAUGAACGGAGAUAAAUCGUAAAAUAUAUAGAUAAAGAUAAAAACAACACAAUUUUCACAGACCAACUCAUUGAAUCACCCCACAUAUCAGAAAAAAUAUAUAACCCUGUAUUGUUGAAUUCAUUUUUGAAAUCUCUGAGUGUGGAAUGGAAUACAGGAUGCCCCAUUCGGAAAAAUCAACUAGUACCCUGUAGAUUGUUUGUUCCGAGCACCCUGUAUAUUCUGAUAAAGCGGAAAAAAAUAAUCAGAAAUCUUUUCAAAUUUUGUAAUCGGUUCAAAAGUAACUGAGCUAGAGGAAAAGACAUUCAUGUUGAAUCACCUGGUACGUCCGACUCAGAGUAAAACGCUGUUACUAUUCCUGAAAAAAAAACAUGUAAUCCAUUAGGAAUCACAGUAAAAAAUACUAGGUGAAUAUUAAAAAAAUCAAUUUACAUAAUCAUAGAAAAGUUGUUUUGCUAAAGUGCCAAUGAAAAUGUCUGUGAAUACUAAUAUCAAUUUCUUUAAAAAUCCCAAUAUGGAGUCUUUAACAUCAAGAGAAAUCUCGGUAUAUCGAAAAAGAGGUUUGUUUAGUUGUGAUGAAAUUUGUUCUUUACAUGUUUUCUACAUAUGUCAAAAGAUAUUUUGAUGAUAAUAAAUGGAAUUUCUCAUGAUGUUAUAGAGCAUAUAAUAUUUGAAGAAAUAUCUAUCAUUGCAAAAGACAGUUCUGUGCACUUGAAUAUUUUUUGAGGAUAAUCAAUGGUUUAAAGUUCUUUCAAUAUCAUAGAAAUAUUCGUGAACUUGUAAAAUAUUUAUUCUUUGGCAAUUCAAUUGGAAUAUUUCAUUCUUUUGGAUAAAAAAUCUGUUAUUGGUAUAGAAAUCUCAUUAGGGAUACAAAAU